CUGCACACACAGCAGUGGAGGACAGUGAGAGGAUCUUUACUGAGCUCAUCCGCUCCAUUGAGAGAAGCCGCUCUGAGCUGAGACAGCUGAUCAGAGAUCAGGAAAAGACUGCAGUGAGUCGAGCUGAAAGACAACUGGAGCGACUGGAGCAGGAGAUCAAUAAUCUGAGGAGGAGAGACGCUGAGCUGGAGCAGCUUUCACACACACAGGAUCACAUCCAGUUCCUGCAGAGUUUCCAGUCUCUCUCAGCACCUCCUGAAUCUACAGAUGUAAAUGAUGAUUCCUUUAGUUCUCUCUUUUUUGAUGGCCUGAGAGAACCUCUCCAUCAGCUGAUAGACAAACUAGAGGAUUUCUGCAAAAACAAGCUCAAGAAGAUCUCAGACAGAGUUGCUACUACAGGUUCCUCUGUGUACUACAAGCAGUCUUCAGCAUGUUAUACACAUUCUCUACAUGCUGCUACAAAAAUUACACCAACAAAGGGCCCUAUAAAGGGGAUAAAUCAUCUUUCUCCACAUCAGCAUAUGUAUGCAUGCCAACAAUCAACACACACCCCACCUCUCCAAUCACCAGCAGUCUUAUUUGGCACUCGAUUUGGCGCUCAGUUUACAAAGAAAGAGGGUCAGUGUGACUCCUGCCUAGCAUUAAAUGAAGCCUCAGCAACUAAAUGUGUUUCUUGCAAAGCUCCCUGCAGCACUGAAAAAAAUGAUGGUUUCACAUGGCCAGACAAUGGAGCUCCAGUCUUUGGAGGAGCAGCGACACAAAAUGAAGAAGAAAAAACAUGCAGUGAAUCAGAAGAGGAGGGCAGUGAUGAUGAGUUUCACUUUGAGCCGAUCGUCUCUCUGCCUGAGGUGGAGGUGAGGUCCGGUGAGGAGGACGAGGAGAUCCUGUUAAAAGAAAGAGCCAAACUAUACCGCUUUGACCGCGAGCUCAACCAGUGGAAGGAGCGUGGCGUGGGAGACAUCAAGAUCCUCUUCCACCCCGUGAAGAAGAGCUACCGCCUGCUGAUGAGAUGCAAGCAGGUGCUCAAAGUCUGCGCCAACCACAGCAUCAGCCCCAGCAUCAAGCUCAAGCCCAUGAACAUCUCGGCUAAUGCGCUGGGGUGGACAACCGAUUACUCAGAGGGGGACGGUAAAGUUGAGCAGCUGGCAGCCAAGUUCAAGACUCCAGAGCUGGCCAAAUCCUUCAGACAAGUGUUCUCCGACUGGCAGAGCUGCAUGUCUCAGACUGAUGCCACUCAGAUAUCUGCCGCCGAGGCGCUUUCACGAGACUCCAACCCUGUGGUGUUCCUCGACAUCACCAUAGAUGACGAGCUUGCUGGGAGAGUCGUCAUAGAGCUCUUCGCUCACAUCGUGCCCAGAACUGCAGAGAACUUCCGGGCUCUUUGUACGGGAGAGAAGGGCUUUGGUUACCGCCAGUCCACCUUCCACAGGAUCAUCCCAGACUUUAUGUGUCAGGGUGGUGAUAUCACCAACAAGGAUGGUACGGGAGGAAAAUCCAUCUACGGAGGGAAGUUUGAGGAUGAGAGCUUCGAGGUGAGGCAUACAGGGCCGGGGCUGCUGUCUAUGGUCAACCGCGGCAGAGACACCAACAGCUCACAGUUCUUCAUCACCCUCAAGAAAGCAGAGCACUUGGACUUCAAGCAUGUGGCCUUUGGAUUUGUCAAAGAUGGCAUGGAUGUGGUGAGGAGAAUCGGAGAGCUGGGCACUAAAGAUGGGAAACCCACAAAAACCAUCACCAUCUCAGACUGUAGACAGAUCCUUUGAGCUGUACUACAUAAACUACUGUUCAUCAUGUCUGAGAUUGUGUUACCCGAGCUCUUGUUAAAUCAGGGGUCCAUUCUUCAUACGUCACUUAAUACAUUUGA